CAAAAUAAGCAUAACAAAAAAAAGUACACUCGGUUCUUUUGUUUAACGUUAGUAGGUGCAAUUGUACAAAAGUGUCACAAUGUUGCAGCCGGUAGUGUUAUCAAUCUUACAGCCACUCUUUCGUUUGCAAUUGUUUAUGCGAAAAUGGGACGAAUCGGUAAGGCAAACGCAAGCAUAAAAGUAAACAAUGUUGUUUGCGCACAAACCGUGCCUGCCCGUUCGUGUGAUGGUGGUAUAGGGCCCAGGAGAACGUGAUCGAACCACCGAACUCUGUCAUUUGAAUACAAAAACAGCGUUUCAUUCUGGAUUUGUUGCCGCGCGUGUACCGUUCGUGGGGAGGGAAGCAAAAAACGCAUAUUCGAUGCCUCCGGACAUAGUACCAUCGUGAUUUAUGGCCAUUCCAUAGGGGCGCACAUUCAUUGCAAGCAGAACACAGCGAUCUCGGUUCCGAAUGGAACCAAUAUCGGAGAAAAGCAACAUCGUUUCGAGUGUUCCGCUAGUAUACCAAAAAGUAAUACAUUCUCGAUCACGUCACGCCGGUAACGGUUGGGCGCGAGAAGAAAGAAAGCAUACGAAGAAAUAAUAUAAAAUGUGAAUCUUCAUUCCGAACAGCGCAACCAUAUGCUACAGCUUAUCUCUGACUGCCUUCUGAAGUUGAAAUUUUCAUUAUUAAUUGUUUGCUUAUUUUUUAAAUAUUUAAUGUGUAUUUCAGUAACGUGCAAGUGUUUAAGAUAGUUACAGUGAUGUAGUGAAACAAUAAUUAAAGAAAAUGAAUAUAAUUGUAUAAAGCAUAAAAAGUUAAUUGCAUCGUACAUCGUAAGAAAUCGAAACCAAUUCAAUACAAAAACGCGAAAAAGCGAUUUUGGUUAAGUGGGAAAGUGGAGCAAAAACGAAAUCAGUUAAACUUGAACCUAUUGGCCCUUCCCACACUGGAAGAUAGAUAACGAGGAACGCAACCAACAUGUGUCUUUAAUUUUUUGUUGUUGGAAGCCUCUUGAGAUGGUGUAGUAACGCAUUUCUAAUCGUAAAAUUAAACUGUUCAGUGAUGAGCAUAUAAAGCACCGGAGAAGCAAAGUGAAAAAAAAAAAACAGUGGAACCGUUUCGGGCAAACAUCUCCAAUAGUGGAAAAUCGCCUGGUGGUGGACGACAACUCCCCGGCAAAGUUUUCAAGUGGUGGAGUGAAUGUUUCUUAUCUUUUUGCCUCGAGGUAAAAAAAAUAACGAACCAUCCAAUAAGGGUAAAGAAAUAAUCUUUCCCUGUACCACCAGGCUGGUAAUAAAUCGUGAACCGGAAGGAUGGUAUACUUCCGCCAGAGAUGAAACAUUAGCAAUGAUGGAAGAAGAACUCUGCACAGCCAGCACCAUUCGUGAUGAUCGAGUUCUAGCACAUCGAGUUGAGCAAUAUGGUCUGCAAAACCCAAGGCGCGUCAUAUAAAUUCUAGCAACGUCAACAGUUUAGUUGCUGAUGCUUCAAGACAUGAUCUACAUCAAGACGAUCGUGCUUUAGAAACGUAAAAAACCAGUGAGCAUCGAACGGGGCCUCAGAAAUCCAGCUGAUGCUCACGGUUACUUCAUCACCCAGCUUCAGUGGGUGUCAGAUUCAUCCAAGAUCAGCAAACAACAACAAGACAUACCAUUCUCGCACCGUUUAUGGCCUGCAGUACUACUGCUGACGGUUGCAAAAACCAAAAAGUGCAGUUGUUUGUUGCUCUGAUUUCGAGGCAAACGGUGUCAAAACCUUCGGCGGGACGGUAUUGGGUGAGCGGAAAACGCAGCACCCACGACUACGUUCUGAACGCUUCUGGGCGUACGGUAGUGAAUCAUCUUCCCAUUUCUGGAGGUAACUGUUGUGCGAAUUCUGAGGAGCUUCUGCACCUGCUCAGUGUCGUCAAGUCGCGCUCCACAUUGCGAACUUGAGUGUGUUUACGUUUAUUUUUUUGUUUGUUUGUUUGCGUUUGAGUUUUGCUUGUCGGUUUUUCUAACGUUUUUACAAGUUGUGUUGUGCAUGCAUGGUAGCGUGUGGUUCCACCAUCCCACCUUACAUAGCCGAGCAGUCGGCAAAGAUUUGCAAGCAAGCAAGUUUGUUGGAUACAAAAGUCGUGCAGAACUCCCGAUUACCCUUAACCGAUUAGUCACCAAACCAACUCCUCGGACUCGGUGACAUCAGUAUCUGAAUCGGGUGAAAAAGUCGGAAGUUGUCGCAGUUUCCGACAUUUGGGAAAGAUAGAAAGACGUUCGCAUCCAGCAAUCGCGACCCGAUUUCCCUGGAAUACAAUCAACGGUCCAGAGAAGGGCUCCAAAGUAAAAAAGGCCGCAAGAUGGUACUCUGUGACAGUGAUUUAGAUUCCGCGGGCAUCUUGCAGAAGUGGAGCAAGCUACGACGGCGCUGUGCAUCGUUCAAAUCAGUCUCCGGUCCGGCAUCACUCGAUUCGGACACCAACUUCAUCUUGGCCGAGCAUCCAGGUCACUAUCAGAUCAUCAGUACGGCGACUGGCUCACCGGUUCCGCCCCGUGCCGCUCUCGUACCGAGCCAUAACCUCGCCAGUCAGUCGAAGCUCCAGUCAUCGGCCCAGCCGCAUCAUCACCAUCAUCCGCUGUAUCACGGGCACCAUCAUCACCACGCCCACCAUCCGCACCAUCUGUCACACCGGAGCCAUCCUCACCAGCAUCAUCAUCACCAUCAUCAUCACCAUCAUCAGCAGCAUCCGAGCCAUCUGCAUCAUCAGCAGCACCAGCUCCAUCAUCAUCCACUGGUAGACUACCCACUACCCGGCAGUCACCUACUGGAUGCGCCACCGCUCGUGCCCGGAUACGAUCCAAAAAACUGGGAGCUACGCCACUCGAGCUCUUCCUCCACGUCCGCAUCGUCUUCCUCUACCAUCGGUGCACCGCCAGCCAUACCGGCGGCAGCAGCGGGCCUUGGUCCAUUUCCCGGUGACGAGUACUGGCAGCACUUUUCUCACGAACCGAGCGAUGUCAAGCUGUGGCGUCUAGGUGCGCAUCAGACGUACGCUCAUCGAAUACACGUGAAUCCGCCCCAGCGGCGUAGUGCGCACAGCAUCGACUGGGAGUACAACGUGCAGCGUUACGAGAACAUGUGCGACAAUAUGGCACCACCGCAGCGGAUCUUCCGUACCGAGAAGCUCCAAUACUACGACGAACUGUCAGAUGUUAAGCGAACAUCCGCACCAGAUCCCGGACUUAGCGGAGGUGUUGAGAGCAACGGUGGCAUUAAAGUGGCCAAGGAAAUAAAGCUGCCUAGUCUGAAGACGUUCAAAUCGGCGUCGAUGCGUCUGCCGGGGCAGAAAUCAUCCAUACACGAGGUGCAGCAGCUAUUGCGCAGUAAGUUUAACCGAAUACAUGCAGGAUUGCGCAAAAGAAGAGCAUUGUCCGUGCAGGAGGUGUUCCAAGUUCCAGGCUCUACACCCGCUCCCGGGGUUCAAGCAACACCGACGAAACCCACAUUCUAUGUGCCUUCGCCGCUGGUUAGUGAACGAACUCCACAUCGAGGUGUAACUCCACGCUACAAUGAAGAGGAUGAAGGUGAUGGAACCCGAACUCCAUUCCUAGACGAAGAAGAUGGUGCUGAUCGUCAGGAUCACGUAUCCACCGGACGGCAGGAUGAGGAUGAAGGGCCAGUCAGUUUACCGUACAUCAGCGAAACGAUGUUGGCCGAAGCUGCUGCAGUGAAAAAGGUUACCCUAAGAGGGACAGAUCACAGUCCCAGCCCGCGCAAAGAACGCACCAAAACCUGGUACCGGAGUAUAGACUUCAAUGCAGCGCUACAGAAACUUGACGCUCAGCGACACUCGCUCGACACAUCCACCAAAUGUACACCAAAGAAACAAUCCGAACCCGAACCGGCAGAUAAAGAGCGCGCAAAGCAGGAUAGCAAUCGGACCACCGUCGAAGAAUCCGCUCCCAAACCGAACUUUUCCAUCGGAGGGCGUGUAAGUUUGCGGGAACGGGUGGAAAACAUGAAUCUGAGCCGUUUGCGACCCUCCAAGAUGUCUUCUGCUAGUGGCAACGGUAGUCCCGUACCACCGGUGGCUGUCGUGAAGAAGAUUUCCGACGCACGCAAGAUACGGCCCCGUAGCCACUCGCCGUUGAAAAACAUCAAGAUAAACUUGUCACCGGUAAAGAAAGUGACCCCAGCCGGUACACCAUCACUCGGCGGUGACAAAUCCUCCAAGCGAGAAUCAAUCGGUCUGUUCGGGCGGUUAAACCGGAUGAUGCAUCAGCACGGUCUCGGUGGGCUUUCGUCGAGCGAUAAACCAGCGGACACAGGCGUUCGCAAACAGAACGGUAAAGCGGGAUCGCUGGCAGUAACUGGCAGUGCAUCCAAAAAUGGAACCGAGGACGGGUCGGUGACUUCCGCGAUCGGUACACCGACCGUGACACGCACCGGAACCGAUAAGGCAAUCGUUAGCGGUGGCAAUCUUGGCGUCAGUUUCGGUGGGAAUGUUAGUAAACAGUCGACGAUACAGAAGCUGACGCAGCUCAGCAGUUGCAGUCGACGGGAACAGCAGCAAGUGCAACAGCCGAAGACGGAAACCGCACAAGAACGUGACCGGAAAUCCAAACAGAUUUCCGAAUCAACCGUCGGUAACGGCUUGGUCAAAUCGAACGCUAGCAUUACAUUUGCGGACGGCAGCAAGCUUGGACCGGAUCAUGUGCGCCAUCUGAACCGCCACACGGGUGAAGGUGAUGAGAACGAGGAGGACGACGAAGAGGAUAGCAUUGAGGAGAGCAAGUUCUGUACCCUUCCACGCCACGGACCGAAUGCAUUUACCAUCCGGCAGGCUCGCUUUUCGAAAGGCAACGGAGCAAAAGCGCUCGGAUUUUCCAUUGUCGGCGGUAAGGACUCGCCCAAGGGCUCGAUGGGCAUCUACGUGAAGACGAUCUAUCCGAACGGGCAGGCGGCAGAGAAGGGUACGCUACAGGCCGGUGACGAGAUCCUGUCGGUGAACGGGAAAGCAUUCCAGGGUCUCUCGCACCAGGAAGCCAUCAAUGUGUUCAAGGCGAUCAAGACGGGCGAGGUGGUGAUACUGAUCGGACGGCGCAACAAUCGCCGGAAGCUGGAGACACCGUCGCCGACCGAUUCCGGUACCGGUACAGCACCACCAUCGACGACCGGUUCGCCCACUAACACCAUCACGGGCGGUGACGAUUGAAUUCGCGGUUAAGAAAGACGAAAAAGAGAGAGAGAGAGAUAGAGCGCACACACGCAUAAUGUACAGAACUGCACUACCAACUAGCUGUUGGAUGUACUAAAUGAUGACAUACGGCGGAGGGAAAAAACGAAAGUCAUAAUUCUACCCUCAAAUUUUAGAGCCUUCGCGCUUUAGGGAUUGAUAGCCAGGUGGAAACGGCAGCAAAGGAGAAGCGCGCAAUAUAAUGAAAUAUUUAAUAUUUUUUUGUACCAAAUACCAAAGGCUUCAAUAUCAAAAAACAGCAAACCUGCAUUGAAGGAUGUAUAGGAAAAGAUAAAAAAAAAGAGUCGUGGCACCGUGGUGAAC